GUUUGCGGCUGUUGGUUGCUCGGCAACAGCUGUAGUGCAGAAGCCGUUCUUAUAGCUGAACGUUGAACUGGCACCAUGACGCGCAGCAGCUCCUGUCCCCUGCCCGGAUAUGAAGGCCUCGCUCCACAGUUCCAUUACCAGCCAGGUGAAUUCCCGGGAGUUCUGCACCCUGAUCCCCAUGUGCAGAGAGACCCAGCUGCCUAUUUGCCUCACCCUACUGACCCCAGUGGAUUGGGAAGCAGGAAACCCCCGAGGGAAGGCCAACUAACCCUGCGUUCCCCUCGUCUCAGUGGCAAAGCUGUCCCACCGAGGCCAUGCAGACAAGCAGGAAAUUCAGUGUCUCUGCCCACGACUCAGUGGCAGGAUGGGAUGAUGGAUAAAGAACAGAACCAGCAGUCUAUCCAACCUGGCAGCAGAGAUGGCAUCACCCAGGUGCUGGACAGGUACCAACAGAACCCAGGGCCAGUCCCUCAGCUUGAAUCCUUUUCAAAUACGUACAUGAAGCUUCCUCCUAUAGAAUCCCUCAAAUCUAUACAGCGGAAAGCUAUAACAGGCUAUACUGGCUAUAUCCCUCGCUCUGCCUGGAGCAUCGGAAUCGGGUACCAGCCCAGUGUCCAGCAGUGCAUGGAUGAGUUUAACCAGAGCCAGGUGCAGAGAAUUCUUCCUGGCACAGGGGGAAUGAGGAGGCGGCCUUCUUAUUGGCCAGAGGCUCACAUUUAUAGUCCCAGAGGAGUGCUGCCUAAAUACACGGGAUUUAUACCAGGGUUCCGUGACUGCUUUGGGGAGACCCUGGGCAACACCAGCAGGCGUCUGUACCAGCACUCCCAUUUAAGAGGAUUGAGACAAGCCAGUAUGAAAAAUGCUUUUAAUGAACGGAACGUUCUGUACAACUGAUAACAUUGAAACUGGAGAGAAGAGAAUGCAGGUGACAAAUAAAUGGAACAAACGAGCA